GCUCACGAUUUUAAACUCACGAAGACAUUAAUAAUUGAACGAAAUUUAUUGUAUGCUCUUUGAGAAACGGAAGUCAUGUAUUAAUAACAGUAUCAUGAGUUUAGUUCGACCUUCUUGGUGGAAUUUUGUUAUCAUCGGAUGCAAGAAUCCUUGGCCGAACUUCAACUACAAUUGAAUACGGAAAUUAUGGAACUGUACAAGAGAAUACCCGCGAACGCGUAUAGGAACACCGGAUUGUAUCGUCACGGUGAAUUCUGCUCUAAUUGUGGACAAAACGAAUCCGAGGACUUGCCGCGCAAUGUUGUGAUGCAUAAAAGGAGAACGAGAACUUAUGAGAAGCAUUGUCCUUCGUGUCACUGCCCGCCUGAGAGGCGAAGAUUCUCUUCGCCUGGUAGACCAAGGACUUUGGAAAACGUUGAAGCGAUGAUAGAUCAAUGUGAACGUGUCUUUGCGGAGCCGAUUAGCUCGGCCAUUAAGAAAUCGCAGAGCAGUCCCUUGACGCAGAAACUAUAUUGGCACGAUUAUCAAACGGAUGCUCAUCCUCAUUGCACCAAAAGACCGUUGCAGACUCAUCGUCAGCGGAGAUUCGAGCAUGAUAGGUAUUUGUUCAGAAUGAAGGGAGACGCUGCGAACUCAGAAUUGACCAACGAAGAUAUCGUGGCUUGCUCCAAGUAUGCGCGAGCGAUACCCGUCAAGAGCUCGAUAAAAAAACACCGUCAUUGUAAACAGCCUGAGAAAUCGCCAGACGAGCGGGAAUGUUCCGACGCCGAGAGUGAGGUAUCGGUGAAGUACAUCCCACGUGCUGUCCAGUCGAGGAAGUCGCGCGUACUCGAUCCUGAAUUGAGGCGUCGUUACGUCGGCAUCGGUGACGGUGAAUAUGUUACGGAGACGAAGAACGAAAGUGACGUCGAGUCUCAGGAGAUGAGAAACUUCGUUUUGAGCCUUGAGGACCUGGAGAGGUUGAAGCGAGGCGACGGUGAGGCGACGAUAAGCGAGGAUGACAAGAGACUCGAGAGACGAAAACCUGAAAAUAUCGCGAGAACGGUGAAAUCGAGAAAGACUGGGGAUGCAGCGAGCAAGUCAUCCACCUUGAUCGGCCAGUCAAUUAAUAGACUCACGAAGGAACUCGUACUUAACGAACCCGAGCGUCUAGCAAAGCUGGAUCUCCACGCCACUAAAACUCGCAUUCUGGAAUCGAUUAACUGUAUGCUUGGUACCACGGACGAUACGAAAAAUGACGUGCCUGUGCAGCAGGAACAAACGGAACAAGAGAGUCUUGAGAAGAUAACUCGUGAACUUCAAGAGAAUGGUUGGCAGUUAUUGUUCAACGGUUUAACGAUCCAUAGAGAUUCCACUAGCAGACGGAUUGUUCGUCUAGAAUGUCUGAAUCAUAUUCGCCAGCAACUCGACAAACUGUAUGCUCUCGAGUCGACUUUGGACAAUUGUCCGCCUAAGCUGCAAUCUCUGUCGAGUUGCGAUAUGCCGCGCAAUGAGGAACGUCAACAGUCGCAGCAUCAAUUGGAGCAGAAAACUGCGGAUUCUUGAGCGUACCGGAAGUUUGUACACAUUUUUUUAUAUAUAUAUUUAAGCACCAUCAUAAAUACUGAAGAUCCAUGAUGCAUUGAUUGUGCAAACGACAAAAUACGUAAAAUCUGCAUAGAUUUUAUAUAUAUUUUUUUUUAU